AAGACGAAUGCACAAGAAAUGACAUUAUCUUAGAAUAUGGCACCGUCGGGCUCGCGUAAUGUCAAACGGGGCUGUCAGAGAGUUUUGUAUUGGAUCCCGGUUCUCUUCAUCACCCUCAUAGUGGCUUGGUCAUACUACGCCUAUGUCUUGCAGCUUUGCAUAGAGUCCAUUGAAGACAUAGGAGAGAAAAUUGUGUAUUUGCUGGUGUACCAUGUCAUUUUCAUCAUGUUCGUGUGGGCAUACUGGCAAACUAUCUUCACCAAGCCUAUGAACCCCUUGAAGGAGUUUCACCUGUCCUACUCUGACAAGGAGCUGCUGGAGCGUGAAGACCGGGGAGAGUCUCAGCAGGAGAUCCUAAGGAGGCUUGCCAAGGACCUACCCAUCUAUACUCGCACCAACUCUGGAGCAAUCCGUUUCUGUGACCGCUGUCAGCUGCUGAAACCAGAUCGAUGCCACCAUUGUUCAGUCUGUGAUAAAUGCAUCCUGAAGAUGGAUCACCAUUGCCCAUGGGUGAACAACUGUGUGGGAUUCUCCAAUUAUAAGUUUUUCAUGCUCUUCUUGGCAUACUCUUUAUUCUACUGCCUUUUUAUCACUGCUACAGAUCUUCAGUACUUCAUCAAAUUUUGGACAAAUGGCCUACCAGACACCCAGGCAAAAUUCCACAUCAUGUUCCUCUUCUUUGCUGCGUCCAUGUUUUCUGUCAGCCUUGCUUCACUUUUUGCCUAUCAUUGCUGGCUUGUCUGCAAGAACAGAUCCACUCUCGAGGCGGUGCGUGCCCCAGCUUUCCGUCAUGGCACAGAUAAGAACGGCUUUAGUCUGGGCUUCAGUAAGAACCUCCGCCAGGUCUUUGGUGAUGAAAUGAGAUACUGGCCCCUUCCCAUUUUCUCCAGUCUAGGAGAUGGAUGCUCCUUCCCUACCUGUCUGGUGAACCAGGACCCAGAGCAGCCCUCCUCUCCUACUGGCCACAUCCCUGCCGGCAAAAUUGCAGCGGAGGGCCACCAGUUUCCAGCCAAGCCGCUUAGGGGAUCUCAGAGUCGGCUGCUCACCAGCACCCCUUCAUGGACCGAAAGCGAUGCCGCGGCGGAUAAAGACAGGAAGGGUACCACCAACCCAGGGAUGACGAUAGAAAAUGAGACAUAGCCGCCCGCAGUAGGAAUCAUGACCACACACCCAAUUAAGUCGACGCUGCCACCCGUCCAGCGUUUUGUGCCUAUCAGAAUGUGAAGUGCUGGUGACAUCAGUGUCUGUUGUUUUUUGUUGUACAGCUUGCUGUAUACUUAGCCACUGCUUCAGAGGUGUGCACUUUUUUGCUGUAUUUGGCCCUUGACAUCACACACACAAACUAUGGAGCAUACUUACUCAUUCUUAAAGAAAUAAUAGUUAUUAUUAUUAUAAUACCAACAUGUACUCUUAACAACCCUAUUUGGCGCCACAUUAAAUACAAAUUUCUGUGUGCCUUCUGACAUGUGGAUUCCAACUGCAUUCCA